UUGGCGGAGUGAGGCAAAUCUGUCUCUUCCCCAGCCUCCCUCCCUCUCCCUCUCUCGGCGAAACAAAAGCUACUUCAAUUAUUAAACCUGUAGGUAAAAACAAAUUCCACAAGAGGAUGGGAGCAGCGGAGGUUUUUACUGAUCCGUCAAGCUUAUAUGAUGUGGGCAACAAUGAUUUGUCUGACACUGAAACGGUGCAGGGCGUGAGAAACGCCCUUGCAUCUGUCCUGAAUGGGGAAUCAGACCGUUUCGAUCAGCUUGUUGAAACAAUUCAGAUCAACGAUAGAUCUGAUCAUGCUGCUGUUGCACAGCUUAAUACACUCUUGAAAGCUUUAUCAGGCUCUGUGGCUUGCAUAGAUAUCACUCACCAUCAAAAGCUUCUCUCUGCGAUAUUUGGAAUGUCAUUGUGGAAUCAGAGACCUCUUAUCAUGGAUGCAUUGGUGGGCCUACUCAUAUCACUGGCUGCCACUAGUGGAAAGUAUCUGGACUCCUGUCUGCAUAUGCUCGUAAGGCACUUCGUUCCACCGCCUUGGGUAAUCAAUAGACUUUCGCAAAGCCGUGUAAGCACCCAGAAGGGAGAAGUUCUUUCACGGGUCCACGAAGCUCUUCUGAAGAUCUCUCUUUUGGUUCCUCUUGCUCCCUCGAGACUAUUCCCCAUGCUCUCACAGCAGAUGCCCAAAAUGAACAAAAAGGACCAGGACCAGGUGGUAGUGACUUAUGUGGAGAACUUAUUGAAGUUGGAGAGUAGCUCAAUCGGUCAAGUUGGUGGCAACAUGAUCUUUAUGAUGGUGAUGGAGAGGCUACGAGAUUUGGAUUUGGAGAUUGAUUGGGAUGAUAUUCUGCAAGAUGACUCUAGUAGAGGCAUGUUUGAUAUGGAACUUGAAGAUGCUAUGAAUGAAGGAGACGAGCUUCCAGCGGGGUCUCUGAAUCAGGAUACAUCGAGCGGAAAGAUAGCUUUUGAGUCUUUGGACAAAUUGAUGGUCACAUCUUUUGAUCAUCUUGAAGCCUGUCAAGAUGCUGGUCGUUUGGAUCAGGUGUUUGAAAAGCUAUUCGAGUCAUUUGAGAACUUCAUUCUGAAUACCUACAAAUCCAAGGUUUCCCAGUUUCUCAUGUUCUAUGCAUGUUCACUGGAUCCUGAAAAUUGUGGUGUGAAAUUUGGGAGUAAGCUGCUGGACAUUUUUCUCUCCAGCAACAAGCCUCGACCUACUAGGAUGAGUGCGGUGGCUUAUCUAGCUAGCUACUUGGCUCGUGCAAAGUUUUUACCUGUUUCCUAUGUGGCUAGCAUGUUAAAAAGGUUGGUAGAUGAGUGUGCGGAUUACUGUAGGAUUUGCAAUGAUGAUAUAAGGCCUGAAGCACAUCAGCUUUUCUAUUCAGGAUGUCAGGCGAUCAUGUAUGUGCUGUGCUUCCGUAUGAGAUCCAUCCUAGAUGUUCCUCGCUUUCGGUCCGAGCUUAUACCAUUGGAGUCAAUUUUAAUGCACAAACUAAACCCAUUGAUGGUAUGCCUUCCAUCGGUAGUUGCAGAGUUCCUUAAACAAGCUAAAGCAGUUGGUCUGUUCGUCGUCUCAGACUCCUUCAUUUUCGAUGACCUGCUUGAGUCUGAGCUUUCUCGUGCGUUUGGCGGGCGUGAGAGACUUGAUACAUUCUUCCCCUUUGACCCUUACUUGCUGAAAAGCUCUAACAGCGUCAUCUCCCCGAAUUUCAUCUACUGGUCAACGGUGAUGAACCAAGAUGACGAUGAUGAGGACGAUGCUGAGAUAAUUGUAAAUGGGGAUGAGGAGAGUGAUGAUGAAGAGGAGGAAGAAGGUGAUCUUGAUUACGCAAUGGACAAGAUGUCCAUAACGCCUAAGCAUUCUUUCAAGAACAAGAUGGAAAGAGACAGACUUAUGAAAAUGCCUUCCAUGAUUAGACCUUCUACUAGUCCUCGAUCCCUUUAAGCUUUUUUUUGGGAGGUGGUCCCAUUACGCAUUUUUGUAACCAAAUCGACUCAAAACCCUUUUUUUAAUAUAUGGAAACAGUGCUUGUUCUUGAAAGAAAA